AUGUCCCACAACAUUGCAAAUACAAGUACUUCUACGAGUGCUCUUACGGCUAGUCUCCCGACAGUUGAGCAAAUGAAGGCAUGGAGUCGAGAUGACAUUAAAACGUUUUUACAAGGGAACAGAACUAGAUUAAAUCUUGAAGACGAAGACAUCAAUAAAAUAUAUACUCAGAGGGUUAAGGGCGAUACUUUCCUUGCACUAAGAUAUGAAAUGCUUGUAAAUCCACCUUUGAGCAUUCCAGUCGGACCAGCUGUAAAAUUAAUAAAAUUCAAGGAGACAAAAUCUACAACAAAAGCGGCAACAAGAAAAAGUCCUAAAAUGCCGGUUCUGGCAUGGGAUGAUUUUCUUAAUAAUGCCUUUUAUGCAUCAACAGCUCUUGACACAGGAAAUCGUAUAUUUAGCAAGCCUAAUGUCACUGGGGCUUUAUCUGUCGAAGAUUCUGUUGUUGACAUGUUCUUGAAAACGAUGGAAGAUACCAACAAUCAGAGAUUAAUUCUUUUGCCAACGCCAGAACGUUGGAGUAAGCGUUAUGUAUGUCGGGCUGUCAAAGGCCAACCAGAUGCUAUACGCUGUGGUGCUGGUAACAUACAGCUUUUGAAUGACUCGGAUGCCUCUCUGAUACUUUCAGCAGUUGAAGUUAAACCUGAACAGUUGAUGAAGACUUUGGUAGCUGAUGGAACCGAAUUGUUUAAUGCAUAUAACACAGCAUUGACAACAGAAAAUGAUGGAACAACCGCAAUCGUUAGGCAACUUUUUGGAUAUAUGGUCGUUAAUGACCUCAAAUAUGGCCUUCUUACAACAUAUAUUCGAACAUGGUUUUUUUAUCGUCAGGAUGAAGACCCUGACAAUCCUUACAUUUCUCCGACAGUUCAUAUCAAUCAAAGUCACACAAGUGAUAGUGCAUCGUUCCUUGAAUACAAUGAUGAAUAUCGGCCAUCAAGUUCUAAGAGGAGUGUUUUGAGGAGGACUUUUGGAAGAAUCACUCGCAGCCAAUCAAAAAAAGGAAAAAACAAACUAAAUGAUAAUGAAUUUCUCAAUAGUAUGAAAAAUUAUAAACGUAGCCAAUUCUCAUUUGGCGAUGUGUUGGGAAAUGGUCGUUCUGGAGUUAUUUUUAUGACCAAGCUUCACGAACAAGUAGGCGCUCUUAAAAUGGUCGAUCUAUAUAAAAAAGAGUAUUUGUUACAGGAAAUCCUAAAUGAACUUAAAAUGUACCUUGGACCUCUCAAGGGAAUUCAAGGCAUCUACAUACCAAAGCUUCUUAAAUAUGGGGUUCUCCACGAGGCAUUUGUAUUUAUACUUACAUCGUUUGCCGGAGAGUCUUUUGCAAAUAAUAGAAGUAUCACAGAAAAAGAAAAGCAGUUGGCCAUUAAUGGUUUAAUGGAAAUACACGCAAAAGGAGUGAAACAUGGUGAUAUUAGAUUAGAAAAUAUAAUGAUGAAAAGGAAUGAGUUAACGGGUCAUUCUUAUGUGUGGUGGAUUGAUUUUGCGUGGAGCAAAAUGAUAAAUAAUACAGAAGAUCUGGACGCGGAAUUAUCCGAAUUGAAACACUUGCUUGGCAUGUGUUAA